AUGGCUUCAACGACCGGUCGUCGGUCGAGAGCCGUGGAUUCUGACGAUGAUGAUGAAUCCAGACCGAAUACCCCCUCGUCCACGGCUCCCAAUGAUAGCAAGCGGAUACGUCGUCCUAUUGUCCUCAAUCCUGAUGAAGACUCGAAUGGCUCAUAUGCUGGUUCAACCUCCGUGGGUCCCUCGCAGGCUCGUCUAUCGACCUCGAUGGUGCAGAGCAGCGUAAGAGCUGGAGCGAAAUACCAGCCGGGCGCAAUUGUGCGAGUGAAACUGACAAACUUCGUUACUUAUACCUCCGCCGAAUUCUUCCCUGGUCCGAAUCUGAACAUGGUAAUUGGCCCUAAUGGAACAGGUAAGAGUACGCUGGUCUGCGCAAUAUGCCUUGGCCUGGGAUGGCCACCUUCGUAUCUUGGAAGAGCCAAAGAUCCCAGCGAAUUCGUCAAACAUGGCUGCCGCGAAGCCACAAUCGAGAUUGAACUAUACGGCCCUCCUAAGCAACGGAGAAAUCCCAUCGUGGUCAGGACUAUAAAAAGAGAUGGCAAUAAAUCUGUGUUUCUACUGAACGACAAACCAUCCAAUGCGAAGUCAGUCCAAGCCAUGGCAAACUCCUUCAGCAUACAAAUCGACAAUUUGUGUCAAUUUCUUCCACAGGACAAGGUUGUGGAAUUCGCUCAGAUGAGUCCAAUCGAACUUCUGGCCAGCACUCAACGUGCGGUCGCCGGUCCUGAAAUGACGAGAAUGCACGAGGAUUUGAAGAAGCUGCGGGCCUCACAAAUCCAAUUUAUGAAUGAGAACAAAGGCGAUCGAGAUCAACUUACCAAUCUGCAGAACCGUCAGGAAAUGCAACGGACAGAGGUCGAACGGAUGAGGGAGCGAGCGUUGGUCCAGAAAACACUGGCGUGGCUCGAACUGUGUCGUCCGGUCGCUAAAUAUGCCGAUGCAAAGUCUAGAGCGCGAGAGGCGAAAGCAUUGAUUGCACCCCUUGAUCGAGAAUUGGCUCUGCUGAAGAACGCUUCCGCUCCAACUUUAAAGAAGCUAGAAGCGAAGCAACGAUACGAGGCACAAGCGAAGCAAGUCAAAACUCUUCGCGCCAAGGCUGUUGCGGACAGUGAACGCAGAUGCGAUGACCUCACGAAAGCGGUUGAGGCCAAGCAAGACAAAAUAAAGGAGUGUGACGAUAAGGUUGAGGCUGAAAAGAAUAGUGUCGCUGAUAUCAAAAAAGAUAUCAAGACUAACGAGUUGAAAUUGUCUCAACUCAAGACAAGGAAGAACCAGUCUCCUGAAGAUUUUGAUGUUCGGGGCAUUUCAGAAGCCAUUCAAACCGCUCGAGCUAAACGCACAGAUCUUGAUGACCAAAAGCAAGAUUUGACAACUCGUGCAGAGGGGAUUGUGGCGCAGGGCAAAGAGAGAAAACUCAAAUUGCAAAGCCUUGUGAAGAAUGUCGAAAGCCUUGAAACGCAGUCAGGCCAACAAGAAAACAAGUUGAAUGCGCUUUCGCGUGACACAUUUCAAGCUUGGAAGUGGAUCCAAGAAAACCGAGAUGAUUUCACAGCUACGGUAUACGGACCACCAAUACUGGAAUGUUCACUGAAGGAUCCCAGAAUGGCAGAUGCUGUUGAAUCACUGUUGCAGGAGAAUGAUAUCAAAAUCAUCACAGCCCAAAAUCGGGAAGAUUUUCUGAAACUACAACAAAAACUGCUGAACGAGAAGAGGCUUCAUGAUGUCAGUCUGCGCACAUGCUCUGCGACUGACCUCUCCCAAUAUCAAGCCCCACUUUCCGCUACAGAUAUGGCCAAUCUUGGUCUAGAUAGCUGGGCAAUCGAUCAUCUCACUGGUCCCCCUACCGUGCUUGCGAUGUUGUGCAGUGAAAAGAACCUGCAUCGCUCUGCCAUUGCUUCUCGAGAACUCACUCAACAACAGCAUGACGAUGUUGCAAAUACGACGGUUAUGAGUUAUGUUGCCAGCCGCAAAGUCUAUCAGUUCAUACGAAGAGCAGAGUAUGGAUCAGCAGGUAGCAUGGCUCGAGUUCGAGACGUACGACCAGCUCAACGAUGGACUGAUCAACCUGUCGAUCAGGGAAGAAAAGCAGCACUCCAGCGCGAGAUUGCCGAAAAAAAGGGCGAGCUGAAUAUCAUCAAAUCCGAAUUGGACGGCCUCAAAGAGCAAACUCGAGAGACUCAAGCAGAACGAGAAAAGAUUGAGACAGAGAUUAAUGAGCUCGUCAGUCAGAGAGAUGCAAAGCAGAACGCUCGGAAGGUAUGGCUUGGCCUGGAUGAGAAGAUUCAAAGCACCCAGGCGAAGCUUGCGGAUUUACAAGAACAGUUCGAAGGAUUUCGUGGACGAGUCAUGGCUAUUCGAGCUGAGAAAGACCAGCUCAUGCUGGAGAAGGCUGAAAUUAUUGUAGAAUUUGCAGCCGCCACCAAAUCUCUCAAGGAAACGAUGGCAAGUUUACUUUUGGCCGAAGUGCUCUGCAUAGAAGCCUCAUCUGAUGUCACCGGUUUGAGAUCACAAAAUGAGCAUAUUGUGCGCACCAUCCAGGAGAAGGAGGUGGAACUUGCCGAAGCAAGACGUGUUUCUGCCCAGGAGAGGAAAAUUGCGGAACAGAUCCUCGCAGAAGUUUAUCGAGUGAAGGCUGAAGCCGAGAGAUUGGAGGAGGAAGAGGCAGAACCUGGACUGGUCAAGAUAAUGGAGCAAGUGGGCGGUGUUCUAAAGACUGAAGAGAAUUUAGAAGCGGAGAUUGAUUCGCAGAAUGCCCAACUAGCACUUACGGAAGGUGGAAGCGCAGGCAUCAUCAAAGAAUUCGAGAACCGUGCCAAGCAUAUCGAAAAUCUCACUGUCAAGUUGCAGGAAUCAGAGAAACAGCACGAAGAUCUCACGAAUGGUAUCAAAGAGAUUCGAGACCGAUGGGAGCCGACCUUGGAGGGAUACGUGGACAAAAUCAGUGCCGCAUUCUCUGACUCCUUCGACCGUAUCGGGUGCGCUGGUCAGGUGGCAGUCUUCAAAGCCUCUUCUGAUGACCCAGCCGAUUGUACGGAAGAAAAUGGCGGCAUGGACAAUGGUCUAGACUUUACCAACUGGGCCAUCCACAUCAGCGUUAAGUUCCGUGAGCAAGAACCUCUGAGUCUACUAGACAGUCAUCGUCAAUCCGGUGGGGAGAGAGCGGUCAGCACCAUUUUCUAUCUGAUGGCAUUGCAAAGCUUAAGCAGGGCGCCAUUCCGAGUUGUGGACGAAAUCAAUCAAGGUAUGGAUCCCCGUAACGAGCGAAUGGUGCACGGAAGAAUGGUCGAUAUAGCAGCGGACGAUGGUGGCAGCCAGUACUUCCUCAUCACGCCAAAGCUCCUCAAUGGCUUGAAAUAUCGCAGAGGCAUGACCGUCCUCUGUAUCGUCAGUGGUGAGAAUAUGCCAGCUGCACGUCAGCAAGACGACAAUGGGCAUUGGGUUAGUGGGCCCAAGAUUGAUUUCCGAGCGUUUGCGAAGAGGGCGCGAGAGUUGGGCUUGGGAAAUCAUGUCGAACACGGCAGACUCAUUGCCGGCACAGCGACGAGUCUUCGGUCAGAGAUUGACGCUUUUUGA